UGUUUAAAUGAGCUGUUGAUACCAUAAAAGGAAAACUAAUAAAAUACAUUAAGUGUUAGACCAUAACUUGUCAAGAACUCUCGUCUAUUGAAGCAAAAGUGUACCAAGGACUAAUGAAUAGCAGGUUACAUACAACUGAGAAGGUGGUAGAUUCUAGCAAUCUUACAUACCAUAUACUCGACCUUUUUCUGAAAGGAAGUAAGUGGACAGAAGAGAUGACAGAAAGAAAUGGUUUAACAUGGCUGCCUGUAGACAUCAACAGGAGUGUAGAAGAAAGAUGUAGAGAAAUGUUUACCGGUCUUUGGCCCUCCGUCCUGUUUACUGCAGCAGAGGUUGCUGUAGGUGUUCCAGGAAACCUUCUGGUCUUCUUUGUCUACCUGAAACCUUUAGGUGCCAGUUCCACCCGGGUGUUCAUCCUGGCCAUGGCCGUGUGCGACUUGCUGUGUAACAUCGUCAGUAUGCCGUUGAUCAUUUUUCAUCUGAGAUAUUUCUUUAACUCUGUUGAUAAUCCAACCUGCAAAUUCAUGCAAUUUUCGUGGAGAUUUCCAACAUUCGUGUCCGUCGGGUUGCUGGUGUGUGUGGCCAUUGAUCGUCAUCGUCGCAUUUGUUUUCCUUUCAAGACUCAGAUGAGGGAGCGCCAAGCGAUGAUCAUAAUGCUGGUCACAUUAGUUCUUGUUUGUCUGCUUAUUUUGCCUUUUGUGUUUAUUUACGGUCAGAAUCGAAGGAAAUAUAACGGGGCUGUUGCAUGCGAUAUUGAAGAAGAAGAUGUGCAGUCACCAUGGAGAACACUCACUACCAUCUUACUGACAUUAUUCUUUCUGACAGCACUUACUACUCUUGCAGGAUGCUACAUCCAUAUCACUUACAAAGUUCGAGAAUUAAAAAGAAACAGACAAAGAACUGACAUUAGCCAGAAAGAUGAAGACAACCGUGACCAGCAACCAAGGAUUGACAAUCCUUGUUCUGAUUCCAGAGAGAAACACUCAACUUGUGAAUCUCAAUCAGAUGCGAAAAAAUGCGAUUCAAAUAUUUCCUCUGAUAUGAGAGAAUGGUCAAGGUGUGCUUCUUUACAGAUGCUGGAUGCCAUUGAAGAGACUGUUACAACCGAGUACCUUCCUCCCCUUGAAGUGUCAUCAGUGUCACCUGUGUCAUGGGCUGUAGGAAGCACAGUUGUUGAGUCACAAGCCUCCAAUAACUUGACAGUUGAGAGUACGUCUGGAGACAAGAACACUUUAAGAAUGACAAAGAAUAAUAGAGAGAACUACAAGACACGCAGGAGUCCGAAGAAGCAUGGAUGGCAGAAACAAACAAGAUUUUCUAAAACCACACUAAUGAUGCUAGUGCUCACCUUGACAACUAUCGUUAAUUUUCUUCCCUCCAUCAUUAUUGAGGUCCAAGAGCUAGACUGCCCAGCUUACAUGGAUAAUCUUGUCAGGCUGAACUUUUGCUUCGUGGCUUACUUCUUUGCGUAUCUCAACAGUGUCAUCAAUCCCUUCAUCUACAGCUUCUGCAAUCCAAAGUUUCGCCUGCAGUGUCGGUUGUUUAUUCUCAGUCUCUACAAUCGUAUUGCUUCUGGGAUAAGAUGCUGUUCAGCAAAAUAA